UUUAUUAAAAUUCUAAAAAUAAACUUUUAUUUUUAGCAAAAUAAUGCCAAACAUAGUUUUUAAAAUCACCUAAUAAAAUAAGGCUUUAGAGAGAGCCCCCUUCCUCCGCUGUCACCCUCCAGAGAGGAAGCUGCCUUCGGCCAGGGCUGCUAUGGUGCCCACCUCCAGGGGGCACCAGGUGUGUGCAUCUGGAUAACACAACAGCCUGGUCUUCACCUCAGUAAUUUUUUUCUGGCAUUUUCUUCUGUGCAUCUCAGUUACACAAAUAAAAACAGUGGAAGGUAACCCUGCGCAUUUACUGUCCAGGCGUGCUCCAGGUGCCUUACAAACAUAAUUCCUUUCAUUCUCCCAGCAGCCCUAGGAAGGAGUUGCUGUUACUAUCCCUGAUUUGCAGAUGAAGAAACAAAUGUGGAGGAGGAAAGGGACGUUCAGCUGGUGAGCGGUAGAGCCGGGAUUAGGCUGCCCUAAAUAAGAUUUCUGCUCCUGUUUCUAGAUCAAGUGUAUUUACUGGCUACUGGCUUCCUAUUAUGACACAUGAGGAUUCAUCUUUUUUUUUUCCUUUCAGUCAUUCAAUAAAUGAUUUUUAUUUAUUUUAUAAAAAAUUUAUUUUAUAAAAGGUGAUUUUUGUUUGUUUCUUUCAGUCAUUUAAUAUAUUUUUACAGAGUACCUACUGUGUGCCAGAAACUUUUUUUUUUUUUUUUUUAUGAGAUGGGAUCUUGCUCUGUCACCCAGGUUGGAGUGCAGUGGUGUGAUCUCGGCUCACUGCAGCCGGACCUUCUGGGCUCAAAUGAUCCUUCUACCUCAGCCUCUAGAGUAGCUGGGACCACAGACACACGCCACCAUGUGCAGAUAAUUUUGUAUUUUUUGUAGCAAAGGAGUUUCACUAUGUUUCCAAGGCUCAGAACCUUGAUUAUUUCUUUUUUAAAAUAUGAUAUAUAGCUCCACCAGACUGCUGCCGAGCCGCCAUCAUGGAUAGCAGCCAUGUGCAGCCUGUCAAGUUGGCCAGGGUCACCAAGGUCCUGGGCAGGACCCGUUCUCAGUGCACGCAGGUGCGCAUGGAAUUUAUGGACGACAUGAGCUGCUCCAGCAUCCGCAAUGUAAAAGGCCCCGUGCGCAAGGGCGACUUGCUGACCCUGUUGGAGUCCCAGCGAGAGGCCCGGAGGUUACACUGUUUGGCUGCUCGCUGGGUUUUGCGUGUUGGAUUCGACCGCUUGCCAUGGAAAUGGUGUGUCACAAUCUGA